CAACAUCUCCCAAACAUCAACAACACUAGAAAACUCUCACACUACCACAUCCACUCAAAACCCAACAUUUCUCUCUCAAUCUCUCUUCACAAACAAGCUCUUCACAAUUCACAACAAUGGUGCUCACCCUAUCCAACCAAUUCCUAGCCAAAAUCCCAUCAACCCCAAAAACCUUAACUCUCCCCAAAUUCUCAAAAACUUCAUCUUCAACCCUUCGUCCUCAAUGGAGCUGCCGUAAAACAGACAUUCACCCAGAAUUCCACGAAGAUGCUAAGGUCUACUGCAAUGGUGAACUUGUUAUGACUACUGGUGGCACCCAGAAAGAGUACACUGUUGAAGUUUGGUCGGGAAACCACCCUUUUUACCUCGGAAAUCGGUCUGCUCUUCUUAUUGAUGCUGAUCAAGUUGAGAAGUUUAAGAAGAAGUAUGGUGAAUUGACUCAGAUUAUGACCAUUCCUGUUCUUAAGGGUGAGAUUAUUCUUCCUCCUAAAAAGAAGAGUAAGGCCAAGAAGAAGUAAGAGAUAAGAUUUCUGGGUAUUGUUUGUUGAUUUUGUUUUAGGUUUAAUUUGUGUUUUUUUUUUGUAUAAUUUGUUUUCGUUUUAUGGAUAUAUUUGGGUGUUAUUGUUGGUGAAUUAUGUGGAAUUUAUGUGUAUUUUGGUUUUAAUUUGAUGAAGUAAAAUGAAUAUGUUUUUAAAGGGUAAUUUUUGUGUACAAUUGAUGUUAAUUUGGGUUUUAAUGUGUUUGUUGAUAAUCCUAAUUGAUGCUUUAAAAUUGUUCA